ACAGCAGUGUCUCAGUGUGUGCUUCUUAAAAGUCUGAUACCUCCCAAAACAGAACUACCCCAAAACAAAAAUGGCUUCCACCACAAAUGCGACCACAUCGUCGAACUACUGGGACUUCCUGUUCACCGAGCUGGCCGAUCCGCGGACAAACCACUGGCCACUGAUAUCUUCGCCGGUGCCAGGUUUAACGAUCAUUGCCAGCUACCUGUACUUUGUGCUCAACUUUGGCCCGAAGUACAUGGCCAACCGAAAACCGUUCCAGAUGCAGAAAACCCUGGUCGUGUACAACUUCAUUCAAGUGCUAGUCAGCAUAUAUCUGUUCGCUGAGGGUUUGGACGGUGCUUGGCUACGACACUACAGCUGGAGAUGUCAACCGGUGGACUUUAACGAUAAUCCCGUCGCCAUGAGGGUCGCUCGUGGCUGCUAUGUCUACUUCCUGGCCAAAAUCUCCGAGCUGCUGGAUACGGUGUUCUUCACACUACGGAAGAAAGACAACCAGAUCACCUUCCUUCACCUGUACCACCACACCGUGAUGCCAAUGAUCUCUUGGGGCGCUACCAAGUACUACCCCGGAGGACAUGGAACCUUCAUCGGUGUGAUCAACUCGUUCGUACAUAUUGUGAUGUACACGUACUACAUGAUGGCGGCGAUGGGACCUCAGUACCAGAAGUACCUCUGGUGGAAGAAGUACAUCACCAACCUGCAGAUGAUCCAAUUCGGCAUGGCAUUCGCUCACUCCGCCCAGCUGCUGUGGACCGACUGUGGCUACCCACGCUGGUCCGUUUUCUUCACCCUCCCGAAUGCAAUCUUCUUCUACAUGCUGUUCAACGACUUUUACAAGAAAUCGUACGGAUCGAAAAAAGCAGCAGCUGCCGCCGCCGCCGCUACCGCUCCAGUCACUGCCACCGAUGCCACCGUUAAGCCGAUCGAAAACAAUAACUCGCCAAAGGUUGCCAGCAAGGAGCUGUGAGGAGCGUCACUCCAUCGGCACCACGCCACCGAUCCACAAGUCUUCAAGCGUAAAACGUAAAGCCAACAAAACCAAUA